AUUAAAUACGUACCUAAAUAGAAAGGCGUAGCUUUCUAUUAUGUUUUAUUAUUUUUUUAUUAUGGCAUAAGCCGGUAAACUAGCAGACGGAUCACAUGAUGGUAAGCAAUCGGCGUCGCCCAUGGACACCUGGAACACCAGAGGCGUUACAAGUGCGUUACCGGCCUUUUGGGGAAUUAGGAGUUUGAGGAUCGUUGGGUAUUCAGGAAUUGGGGAGAUUGGGGAAGGGGAGGGUAAUUGGGCCUCCGGUAUCCUCCCUCACACGACGCAAGCGUUGUUUCACGUCGGUUUUCUGAUCGGCCGUGGUAUCACUCCGGUCGAGCCGUCCCAUUCAUUCCGAAGCAUGGCUCUCCCACACUUUAAUAUCAUAAUAUCAUAAUCUUAACCUACUUCUAAUUACAUACAUCUGCGAUCGAAUACCAUUAUCAUAUUAAUCAUUUUAACUAUAAACAUUACGGGACAUUGAUAAACAUAUACAGUUAUAAAUAAAUAGUAUAAAAAUAUUGAAAUAUGUAUUAUAUUUAGAUUACUAAUGAGGUUUUCUUGGUUUUU